ACUCAGAGCUCAAGUGAGCAGUAGAAGGGGCGGCUCGUCCGCGCGAGACGUCUUCCCUCUAUACAGAGGGGGCGACCGACCCCCGCUCCCCUAUAACCACCAAACCUAACUAAGUGCCGUAGCUGAGCAGAGCCCUCGGCCAGGGGGGACAUAACACGGCGACAUUCGGGGCAGCUUAGGCUGGCGCUUCCGCCUAGCAUGCGCUGAAAAUGCCUAUUUUACUUUUCCUCAUAGACACGUCCGCCUCUAUGAACCAGCGGACGUAUCUGGGGACCUCGUAUUUGGAUAUUGCCAAAGGCGCGGUUGAGAUAUUUAUGAAGCUGCGUGCCCGGGAUCCGGCUAGUAGGGGCGACAGGUACAUGCUGGUUACAUAUGACGAGCCUCCAUACUGCAUCAAGGCUGGUUGGAAGGAGAAUCAUGCAACUUUUAUGAAUGAGUUGAAGAACCUUCAAGCUACAGGACUCUCUACUCUUGGCCAAGCACUAAGAUCUUCUUUUGACUUACUCAAUUUAAAUCGAUUGGUGUCUGCAAUCGAUAAUUAUGGACAGGGAAGAAAUCCGUUCUUUUUGGAGCCUUCCAUUUUAAUCACCAUCACAGAUGGCAACAAGCUGACAAUUCCUUCAGGAGUUCAGGAAGAGCUCCAUCUUCCCCUAAACUCUCCAUUGCCGGGAAGCGAACUCACUAAAGAGCCAUUCCGGUGGGAUCAGAGGCUAUUUGCACUUGCACUUCGCCUUCCUGGGACUUUGUCUGUGGAGCCUGAGCAGCUCGGCAGUGUUCCAUCUGAUGAGUCCGCCAUUACACAGAUGUGUGAAGUCACAGGAGGUCGUUCAUACUGUGUCAGGACACAGAGGAUGUUGAACCAAUGUUUGGAAUCUCUUGCUCAGAAGGUUCAGAGUGGAGUUGUAAUAAACUUUGAGAAGACUGGCCCUGACCCUGUUCCAAAUGUGGAAGAUGGACCGACAGAUUCCCUGAGGCCAGUUAAUUCUUUUGCCCCACAAGCCUGGCAUAGCUGUCACAAACUUAUUUACGUGCGACCUAAUCCAAAAACUGGCGUUCCCCUUGGUCACUGGCCAAUUCCUGAGUCCUUCUGGCCUGAUCAGAACUCUCCAACACUGCCUCCUCGCACGGCUCAUCCUGUGGUGAGGUUCUCCUGUGUUGACUGUGAACCCAUGGUCAUUGAUAAGUUACCUUUUGAUAAGUAUGAGCUAGAGCCAUCUCCUUUAACUCAGUAUAUCUUGGAACGGAAGUCUCCUCACACCUGCUGGCAGGUUUUUGUGAGCAGUAGUGGAAAAUACAGUGAAAUUGGACACCCAUUUGGGUAUUUAAAAGCAAGCACCCCCCUUACCUGUGUGAAUCUCUUUGUGAUGCCAUACAACUACCCCGUAUUACUUCCUUUACUUGAUGAUUUAUUCAAGUUGCACAAACUAAAACCAACACUGAAGUGGCGACAGGCCUUUGAUAACUACUUGAAAACAAUGCCACCCUAUUUCUUAAUGCCAUUAAAAAAAGCACUGCGGAUGAUGGGCGCUCCAAACCUAAUAUCGGACAACUUGGACUGUGGUCUUAGUUAUAGUGUUAUUUCUUAUUUGAAAAAGCUUAGUCAACAGACGAAAAUGGAAUCUGAAAGGAUAAUAGCAUCUGUUGGAAAGAAGGCCCCACAGGAGACGGGGAUUAAAUUAAAAAGUAACCCCACAAGAACAUUUUUCAUUCACAAUAGAGAUUUCAAACAGCCUCUACAGGGGACCUCCGGAGAUGCCUCCAUCCGACUUUCAGAGAGUUUGAAGGAAUUUCCUGGUUUCCAAAUUAGACUUUUAAAUAAGGAUCUGAAGCCACAGACAUACAGAAAUGCCUAUGACAUUCCACGCACAAACCUCCUAGAUCAGUUGACAAGGAUGAGGACCAAUUUACUGAAAACACACAAACUGAUUGUGGGGCAAGAUGAAGAUUGUCUGCAUAGUGUCCCUGUGGCACAGAUGGGCAAUUACCAAGAAUACUUGAAGCUAAUGCCUUCCCCUCUCCGAGAAAUUGAUCCAGACCAGCCAAAGAGACUGCACACCUUUGGAAAUCCAUUUAAGCAAGAUAAGAAGGGUAUGAUGAUUGAUGAAGCUGAUGAGUUUGUUGCUGGACCUCAAAAAUAAAGUUAAACGGCCUGGGGAUGCAACACUCCGGCCUCUUUAAAGAGAAGAAGAAGCAUGUCUCCACUUCUCAGAAGACCUCAGACUCCCCCUAUUAUAACCAAUCACGUAGGAGGGAAGGGCCCCCCUACACCACCAGGUAGCCAAACUCCACACAACCUAAUUAAGCCUAUUCCUAUACACAAAGAUGCCAAUAAUACAGUAACUUCAGAAAGUAAUGAAGAGAAGACCAGCAAUGGUCAGGUGAUAGAAAAACAAAUAGACAGACUGUCUCCACUUAUUGCCCCAGCUGCGCUAGGUGAUGAUGAUUUGAACAACUUUGAUUCUGUUACUGAUGAACUAAAUUGCUUGGACGAGGAUAAUUUAGACCACAAGCCUGUUAAUAACGCACUUAUAAAGGCACCCCUGGAUGACUACACACCUCUAGAGGAUUCUCCAGUGACUCGGGAAUGCAUUUCUGCAAUAUUUGUGCCAAAUUCCCUGAAGGAAGCACAAAGUACAAUGAACGGGUCAAAUGCAGAUAUUAAGAUCAGGGUCAUGAAAGAAGUUCGGAAGCCGGGAAGAAAUUAUGAAAAGAUCUUCACUCUCCUUGAAGAUGUUCAAGGAUCAUUUGAAGUACAAAAGAACUUUAUUGAGUUCACAAUCAAGGAAGCAGCAAGAUUUAAAAAGAGAGUGUUAAUACAAAACUUGGAACGAUAUCUUUCUGAACUGGAGUCAAAUGGUCUACUAAACAUGGUAAACCACGUCAACAGCAGAUAGCAGUAUUUGCAUACGAAAAUGCGGACCAGGGAUGGGUUUGCUGUCACAGAAGAAAGUAAGAGGACAUGGUGACCUCCUCCAACACCUUGCAUCUCAGGGCACUUUAUGGCCGGAGACAGAGGACAGAGUAACAAGGUUUAAGAAGCUGAUCUGGGCUUCAGGACUUGGUAUGAUCUAUGAGGCUUGUUCUGUGUGGAGGGUGCCGCCUGCUGAGUAGGCUGAAGAUAACCCUUGGUGACCCUCCAACAGGUGAUGAUCAUACUCAUUUGUCAGUUAUUUUUUAAUGUCGUAGACAGCACUUGAUGGAGCAAGAGGCAAAACAAUGCUCAAGCACAGGCUACCACCCUGGUCAAAAGCAGCCACAUGAUGGUUCUCCAGCUGCUAAGCUUUUAAAGGUCUAGUAUGUGCAGCCCAUGAAAAACUGAGUCCUUCGUAAUGAAAGGGCUGCUCAGGUUGAGUAUACUUGGUCUUUUGUAGUUCAAUAACUGGAGAACCAGCAAUUGCCCGCCUAUGGUCUUAUUGGUGGUCUUUUCUUGGUGCAUCUUUGAGUACAUGAGGUAGCUUGUCCCGUUUCCAGAAUAGGCUGCCGUUUUGUAUUGAGACAUUAGACAGCCCUGUGACUGUAUUCCCCCUAUGAGUCACUAAACAAACUACCUCAGACUCUCUUCUGUUUUGUCUACAGACUUUAAGAAAGUGCACCUGAGACUCCCCAGGUCCCCGACUUCUUUCAUCCUGUGGGCAGGACGGAGACUCUUCAGGUGGCCUUGCACUCGCUGUGCUUUGGAAGCACUAGAAAAGGAGAACUCCUUUUUGUGUUUUUUUUUUAUGUGUACUUUUAAUGUUCAUAGAGGAAAAAAAUAUUUUGGACAGUAUUGUUAUUAGCUCUGUAAUUUGAUAUUUUAACAUGUAUAAAGAGUUUUGGUCUUGUACAUAAAUAUAUUAUAAAAAAAUAAAUAUAUAAUAAAACUUUUUUUUAAUAAAUUC